UUCUUUUUCAGGCCUCUUCGCGAACAGCUUUCAAAAGUAGCCCGUCACGCUCGAGAUGUGAGUUGGUCGACUAACGCUGGUAGGGGUCAGGUCUUCGGAACUUUGGGCAGCACUGAUGACUCUCUAUUCGGUCGUGGAGGCUACAAGCAAGACAUCUUUAACGACCAUCGCGGUCACCUACAAGGCCAGGCAUAUGGCUCCAGGGUGCUCGGGGCUUAUGGCGACACCACUUCCUUGGGAGGCAAGCUGGACUGGAACAAUGACAACGCGAAGGCCAGUCUUGAUGUGUACAAGGAUAUUGGACGUGGUAGUGGCAUGAAGCUAUCAGGUGAUGGUGUAUGGAAACUGGACCAUAACACCAGAUUGUCAGCCGGUGGUAAUCUGCAGAAGAACUUCGGCCAUGACAGACCAGAGAUUGGCAUCCAAGGAAAGAUUGAACACGACUUUUAAAUAGACUAUAAAAGUCUUCAUGCACAUGACAUUGUAAAUAUAUUCAUUUUCAUAAUGAUGUCAUUUUUUAAAGUCUGUAAUACCAAAUUGUAUUGUGUUUUGAGAUUGAGACUUCUUUGUAAAUAUAUAUUUUUUGUAAAUAAAUUCUUUAGAAUGAA